AUGGACCGCAAUUCAAAACAACCAGAACCUGAUGUAGAAGGGUGUGAGGCUGAUGAGCUGGCUUGUCAGUUUGCAGAUUCAUUUUAUUCAGCACUGAACCACCAUGACGUGUACCAUCAGGGCACACAGCUAUAUGAGCAUUUCUGGCAGGACUGUAAAAUGCAGUUACUUUUAAAUUCUGAAGUGGGUUAUAUAGCUGAAGCAAGAACCGGGGCACUUGAUGUUGUGCAACUCAUCUGUAAUACCAAAAUUGAGCACAACAUAUUUUUCAGUCCAAAUGUGGAAAAUAAAGGUGUUAGUGGAAAGAUAGAUAAAUUUGGUGUGUUCAGGGUUAGCGCAUAUGGCAUACUGCAUCAGCAAAAUAAAUGUUUUGGAGAAUUUGAACAGUGGUUUCAGCUCAUAAGGGAUCCCUCUGCUG